UUAAGAUAAACAUUAAAAACACGAAGUGAAUAUUUUGAAAGUGAAGUGUUUUGUAAUUUGAAUAACAACAAUGUCUACACAAUCAGAAGAAAAGGCUAUUUGUGACGCCCUUAAAAUUUUAUUUGAUAUAAAAAAUACGGGUAACGAAAUGAAGGAGAAGGCGGAAAAGUUAAUGAUGAAUAUAAAAAUUUCUGAAAUGAAAAGUUUACCAAAAGAGAUGAUAUAUAUAAUACUUCAUAGUCACUGUAACCUUUCUAAAUUGUAUCACAGAACAUUGGAAAUAGUUAAAUGUUUAAUGUCAGUCUGUGAAAUAACUAUUAAAACUGAAUACUACCUACCGUGUGAUCUCCCACUAUCUGGAAAAAUGGAUAUAUGUAAGAAUAGCAAUAAUUUUACAAAUGUAUCUAACGCAGAAAUGAGUGCAGUGGAACUGAACAAACCAGUAAAUGAAAAGGAAAUUGAUAAUAACAAAACUCUGUUAAAGGAUAAUUCUUCAUUUACAGAGAGUGAAAUAGAGGACAACGAAAUCGAUAGUAUUCUUAGCGAAAAAAAAUCUGUAGACGAAAAACAAAUAACAUCAGAAAGUCCCACUAAAACAUCAAAUAAUGACUUAGUGAAUUCGGUUGAAGAAUGUCAGUCUGAGCAGAAUGAUUCAGAUCACAAAAUAAAUACUGAUCCACCCUCAGAUUCCAGUGCUGAUAUAACCGUGGAAUAUGAUGAGGUUUUUGACAAAGAAACGAUUAUUCUAGGUCCUCCAGAAGAUAACAUGAGUGAUUUGGAAAAUCUGUCUGAAGAACCAACAGCACUGACAGUGGAAGAUGAUGGUUUGAAGCCGGAACGCCAUGCUGAUUUGAAAGUAGCAGAUAAGACCACAAUUGCUCAAGACGUUUCAUCAUUUACAAAAGAUAGUUUAUUGGAACCUAGAACGGAUUUAGAAAUUGCGGACAAGACUAUAGAUAACCUUCAUGUGCCAGUAGCAACGAACUGUGAUAUACCAAGCUUUAAUGAAACCCAAACACAUCCACAUUCUACUGAUGUUGAUGGUAAUCCCGAAUGUGACAAUAAUACAAAUUCAAAAGAAAUUGCGGACCUUAAUUUGAAUGACGACGAAGAUAGUGAUUCUUCUCUCGCCUUUGACAUGUCACUUUACAAAACAAUUGGAGUACCAUCUAAUUCUGAUAUCCUGGCCUUUAACGACGCUCAAGUAGGUUCAAAUUCAAUUAGUGUAGCUGGAAAGGUGUCCGAGCCAUAUUGUGAAGAACAUAAACAACCUCCUGCUUCAAGUGAUGUUCCUGAAUCUGACAAUAACCCCAAGAUCAUAUUAACCAAAGAAAACGAGCCAAGUUGUCAAGAACAUAAUCAACCUACUGUUUCAAGUGUUACUCCUGAAUCUGACAAAAUGGAAAUCGAGCCAAGUUGUCAAGAACAUAAUCAACCUACUGUUUCAAGUGUUACUCCUGAAUUUGACAAAAUGGAAAUCGAACCAAUUUGUGAAGAACAUAAUCAGCCUACUGUUUCAAGUGAUACUUCUGCAUCUGACAAUAAGGAAAUCGAGCCAAGUUGUCAAGAACAUAAUCAACCUACUGUUUCAAGUGUUACUCCUGAAUCUGACAAAAUGGAAAUCGAACCAAUUUGUGAAGAACAUAAUCAGCCUACUGUUUCAAGUGAUACUUCUGCAUCUGACAAUAAGGAAAUCGGAAAGGUUUCUGAGCUAAAUUGUCAAGAACAUAAUCUGCCUACUGCUUCAAGUGAUACUCCAGAAUCAGAAAAUAAUAACAGUAUAACAACAACCAAGGAAAUCGAAAAUGUUUCUGAGCCUAGUAACAAUCGCAAUGUAACAUCAACUGAGGAAAUCGGUGAGAACAUUCAGCAACCAGAUACCGAAUAUAUUCAAGAAAAUGAAUCUGAUCCAUAUACUCUGCUUAAAGUCAUUAAAGAAGAACUUGUGGAGUGCGAAGAAACAACUAUACCGCCGCCAAUCAGUUCUGUACCUCAAUGUUACGCGGAUAAUCUUCUUCAAGAUCUGCGUGAAUUGUCUUCUGAAGAUUCCAGUCCAGAGAGUGUCAACUCUGAUGAAGAUUUGAUGACCACUGGUGAUGAGUCGUCAAAAGUAGUUGGUGGUAAAACUCGGAAGAAAUCACUUAAGAAAAAAAAAGUUAAUUCUGGAAAAAAAUCAUGCACAAUUGUAUCGUCUGAUGACGACAUAAAUAAAUUAUGUGAACUAGAUUCUCUGAAUAGAAAGAAAAAAAAUAAAAAUUAUGAAAUACCAUCUAAGAAUAAUGAAUCAUCAUCAGUAUCGAAAAAGAAACGCAAAAUGACAGUUAAAGAUUCUUCAGACACCACCGAUUCGGAUCUUGAAGACUCUGUUGCUGGUUCACCCGAAAAAGAUUACUCUAAUGAUAUGGAUUGGGAAAAUAUGGAUCAAAAUGAUCCAUUAACAGACAAAGCCUACGACGCUCUUAAAUAUCUUCAAAAUUCUACAGACGAUGAGGAAAUGGACCUUUCACAGUCGCCUAAUGAACAAAAGACAAAAAAUAAUAUUAAACGAAAAAAUAAAGGAGGACAAAAGGAGAAGAAGAAAUUAACUUUGGAAGAAAAGAAAAAGAAAGAAUGGAUGAAAGAUCCUCUACUCAGAGGUAAAUUAACAUCAAGCGAUUCAGAUGUGGAAUUUAUACAGAUUAAACCAAAAGAAAAGACCAACAAAAAAAGGGAGCCACAAGAAGAAUGCGCAGAGACACCGCCCACCAAGAGACGAAGGCUCAAGUCAGAGAGUUCCUCCGAUGACGAAUUUAUAGAGGAGGUGUGUAUGACGACUGAUUCGCCAAAGAAAGGCAGACGAAAUAUCAGAGCCCUGAUGAACGACAAGGAUUUAACAGAAUCCACACAGAGGGCUAACUGUGAGGAACGGGAAAGAGUGGAACGUAUAAAGAAAAUAGAGAAAAAGACUACGGAGCUGUCACAAUCCAACAAAUCGGCUGUGAUUUUAGAUGCGGACGACGACGGUAACUGGAUUCAGGUUGAUCCAAUUCUUGCAAAACGCCUAAAACCACAUCAGGUGAAGGGUGUGAAGUUUAUGUGGAACUCGUGUUAUGAAAGUAUAAGUCGCCUCAAAAUCAACGAAGGUGGGGGCUGCAUUUUAGCUCACUGUAUGGGAUUAGGAAAGACGCGACAGGUCAUCACAUUAUUGCAUACUCUCUUCAGCCACAAAAGUGUGCCGAUACAACAUGCUUUGGUUGUGUGUCCUAUGUCCACUGUGAGCAACUGGGAUAACGAAAUGAAUUUAUCACUAAAAGACGUAGAUAAUAUACCCUUCUCCUCUUUCUCGAUAUGUAAACAGAAAGAUAAAUUAAGGAAGAAACUAAUAGUUGAAACAUGGUGGAACCGGUGUGGUAUUCUCGUUAUAUCCUACGAUACGUAUGAAUCAUUAACUAGGGAUUCUGCAUUGUCGAAAUUGGACGAAGGCACUCGAAAGAUUUUGAUCGAGGCGCUUACUGACCCAGGUCCAGAUUUGCUCAUAUGUGAUGAAGGGCACUUACUUAGAACUGACCAGUCGCUCAGGUCCAUUGCUCUUAAUAAGGUUAAAACCAAGAGAAGGAUCGUAUUGACGGGAACUCCUAUGCAAAAUAACCUCUUAGAAUAUUAUCAAAUGGUGAACUUUGUAAAACCAAACCUUUUGGGUACUUUAAAUGAGUUUAAAACAAAUUUUGUAAACCCAAUAAGGAAUGGUCAGUAUGAUGAUUCAACAACAGAAGACUGUCGGCUAAUGAAAAAGCGCACACACGUUUUAAAUCAGCUACUGAAAGAAACAGUCCAGAGAAUGGAGUCUAAUGUACUAGAAAAAUAUUUACCCAACAUACUGGAUUAUGCCGUGUUUAUAAAACUUGGACCUCUUCAAGCGGAAUUAUAUCAUUCGUUUAUAAAUUUAAGGAUUAAGAAACCCACACUUUUCGGAGAUUACCCCCUUCUCAGUCGUUUGACUACGCAUCCGUAUGUUAUGAAAAUCGACGAACAAAAAAAACAUUCGAAAAUGCCCAGAGAACGAGAUGUAAUUGAAACAGAUGAUUAUGGGAAUCAGACUACCCUCAAGGAACUGGAUAUAUGGUACAAUUCUCUUCCUAAUGUUAUUGAGACAAAUUACGAAAUUGGGGGAAAAUUAUACAUUAUGAAGGCCAUCAUUGAAGCCUGCGAAAAAUUAAAUGACAAAUUGUUAAUAUUUUCGAAUCAUCUUACGGAAAUGGAUUGCAUAGAAUAUUUUCUAAAAAAUCGUGGCACCAACGGAUGCGCGUCUUGGAUUCCAGGAAAAGAUUAUUGUCGCAUGGAUGGGACAGUUCUACCUGAAGAACGCGCGUCCUUAUGUAACAAAUUCAACGACGAAAACAAUAAAAGGCUAAGAGUUUUCCUAUUGUCGCACAGAGUCGGUGGCCUAGGAUUAAACCUAACCGCUGCCAACAGGGUUAUUUUGUUAGGCGUUAGCUUUAAUCCCAGUUAUGACAUCCAAUGCGUCUACAGAGCCUACAGAUUUGGACAAAAGAAGCGAGUGUUUGUGUAUAGGCUAAUGGGUUUGGGUACCAUGGAAGAAAAAGUCUACCAACGGUCUAUAACAAAGUUGGCAGUGUCUAGUCGUGUUUUGGAUAAACACCAAAUUACGCGGCAUUACAAGUCUGUAGAAUUACAAGAAAUAUACAAUGUCAACUUAAGACAGGACGAAUCAAGGCCAAUGCCAAACGUUCCAGAAGACAAGUUGCUUGCUAAUUUAAUCUCGAAACACGAGUGCAUUUUUAAAUUUCAUGAACACCGAGGUUUGUUGAUAAAUAGACCGGAAGAAGAUCUGAACGAAUCUGAGAAGGCACUCGCCUGGGAGGAAUUUCACAGGAUAAAUGAAGUGCCAUCAGGUGAUUCUCAUGUCACAAUGGUCAGGGAGAUUCAAAAGGGUGUGCUAAAUGAAUCUACUAAGCAGCCAUUACAAAAGCAACCAGUUUCUUCAACCAAAAAUCUGAAGGCUGCCACACAAGAGCCUUUCAAAGUUGCAUGUGGUCGUAAGAAUAAACCUGUGGCAACUAUAACUACAUCCGAAAUCACAAAGGAAAAAUCUGAAAAUAUUAUUCAAGGGUCUCAAAAUGACGAGAUUAUAAUAUUGGAUGAUCCACCUAAUUCCCCACCUGACAUAGAUAACACCACAGUUGUGAUUAAUGAUGAUGACGAUUGUGUAAUUGUCAGUCCUCCAAGUGCCGUUGCUAACGAUACUCCUUCACCAUCCAUUGAACAGAGAAUAGUGAAAGCCAUCAAAGAGUAUCAAGGUCUAACUGUCACAGAACUACCACGAAGGAGUUUGCAAUAAAUAAAUAAACUAUGCUUUUGAUAAUAAUUAAACAAGAAAUAUUUUUUUAUUAAAAAUAUCUUUGUUA